CCUCUCGUCAUUUGCUCGUCAUGGUCAAGCUUACCACUGUGAAGCGCCUGGGCGCAGACAUCCUCAAGUGCGGUACCAACAAGGUCUGGCUCGACCCGAACGAGGUUGUCGAGCUUGCCUCCGCCGGCUCGCGCAAUGCCGUCCGCCGCUACAUCAAGCUCGGUUACGUCGUGAAGAAGCCGUCGAACGCUGUCUCGCGUGCCCGCAUCCGGGAGCACAACCGCAAGAAGCGCCUUGGUCGCUACACUGGCUUUGGUCACCGCAAGGGUACCGCUAACGCGCGUAUGCCCCGCAAGACCCUCUGGAUCCGCCGCCAGCGCGUGCUCCGCCGCCUGCUCCGCAAGUACCGUGCCGCCGGCAAGAUCGACAACCACCUGUACCACAAGCUGUACCUCCAGUCCAAGGGUAACGUCUACAAGAACAAGCGCGUUCUCAUCGAGCACAUCCACUACGAGAAGGCCGAGGCUGCCCGCUCCAAGGCCCUCGCCCAGGCCGCCGAGGCGCACAAGAACAAGGUUCGCGCCGCCAAGGCCCGCCGCGCCGAGCGCAAGGCCGCCAAGGCUCAGGCUGCCCGCGAGGCCUACGACCGCCAGGUUAAGGGCAUCAAGGCUUAA